CGGAGCUGCCCUGGAAUGCGGAAGUGUGGAGCGCGACCCUUGCAAGGAGAUGGAAGCGCAGAGAGUCUGUGUGGAUCUGAUCUGAACCUUCAUCCCCAGCACCAGCUCCAGGAUGGGAUCGAAACAGCUCCAUGUCGUGUGUAUGGGUUUGGGACUUCUGGGUUUCAUUGCUGCCGUCAUCACCUGCGCCGCCCCCAGCUGGAGGGUCUCCUACCAUUAUAUACAACCCAUCCGUAAAGAGUUGCAUGUAGGUCUGUGGAUGGAGUGUUUGUACCAGAGCACUGGUGAGAACGUGUGUAAAGUCUACAAUUCACUGCCAGCCGUGAGCGAUGAAACCCACGCGGCGCGCGCCCUGACCAUCCUGUGCUGCGUGGUGGCGCUGACGUCUCUGCUGGCACUCUACACCGCAUACAUCAAAAACAACAACCCCAAGCGAUGUGUGGGCGUGGCCAUGUCCUUAGCAGGCCUCAUGCUCCUCAUCCCCGUCAGCCUGGCGGCCAGCCAGAUGUGGGGCAACAAAUGGCCCGGACUGUGCAUUUUUAUGGGCUUUACCGGAGGAGUGCUCCUCCUGCUGGCCGGAGUGCUGCUGUGCUGCUGCAGUCACUGCUGUUCUGAGUCUCCACCAAAUGCUACAACCACCACCACAGCGGUAGCCAUGUCUCAGCUCCAGCUUUCGUAAAAAAGAAAAAAUUCAACUAGAACUUUGUCCAUGUGUUAGUAUGAAAAUGUUAUAAUAAAAAGGGGCGGGGCUUUCCAGAACAUGGAUUCAACUAAUUGUCGCAAACACAAAGCAAGUUUAUUCGAAUUACAUUUACAGCAUUUAGCAGAGGGCCUUAUCCAGAGCGACUUACAUUUUCAUCUCAUUAUACACCUGAGCAGUUGAGGGCCUUGAUCAGACUCGUGGUGGUGGGGCUCGAACCCCGGACCUUAAGCACUGAGCUCCCCCUGCUUCAAAAUCAUGAAAAUCUAAAUUAAAUACCCUUAAAACUUAACGGUUUCAUUAGAAAGUGUUCAUUUUGUUUAGACUGUUUUUAAGACAUCAGGUUGUAUAUGCUGUAGGUGUACAUACUGGACGAGCAGAUGUUUCUACUCUUAUUUGACAGCUUUUAGCUUCAACUGUUAUUAACAAGUCAGAAUACUGUCGAAAAGGCACUGCGUGAGACACUGUGUGUGUGAUUACGGGUGUAUAAUGUUGCUUUGCUAAAACAUAUUAAAAUUAACUUCCCUGAUUG